GAUAUAUAAAAAUAGAAAAAGAAAACCUUUUUUUUUGUCAACAAGGAAAAAGAUAACCAUAAACUUCGAAACCGCCGUAGAAAAUAAUUAUUUUGUAUAUUUGUAACCUAACUAAUAUAUGUCUAUAUUAUAUAACAUUGGUAAGUUAGAAACCCCAAUUUCUCUCAAGAAACACAAACAAUGACUAUUAUCUCCGACCUUUCGUGGGAUUUGGUAGAGAAGAUACUCGCUAGGGUUCCCAUAUUUUCUAUAGGAGCUGUGAGAUCCACUUGCAAACAAUGGAACCGUUUAUCCAAAGUUAGGGUUUUGUGUAAAGCAGAAGCAAAGAGGCAUCAGUUUCUACGCUUCAUGUUGAAGAACUAUAAGCUUUGUUCAAUGAGAUUAGAUCUCCAUGGAAUCCUCCAAGGAAAACAAUUCGUGGAUCCAUCGAUAAAGGAGAUCACCGGUGAUUCACUUAAUCAUGUCAAGGUAACCAAAGUAUUUCAUUGUGAUGGCUUAUUGUUAUGCGUUACCAAGGACAAAGAGGAGAACAAAACUAGCCUCGUGGUCUGGAACCCAUAUUUAGGACAAACCAGGUGGAUCCAACCCAAAAAUUAUUACUACAGGCUAGACGUUUAUGCUCUCGGAUACGACAUCAAUAAACGUAAACACAAAAUCUUGAGGUUCUUCGCGGAUGCCUACAAUGUUUCUCUGUACGAAAUCUACGAUAUUUGUUCUGAUUCAUGGAGAGUUCUUGAUAUCACUCAGGACUGGGGCAUAAUGUUUUAUCAUCGUGGUGUGUCUUUGAAGGGAAAUACUUAUUUUUUUGCUAAAGAAAAAAUUGUAUUGGAAGCUGGAGGACCGGAAUCUAUAGCCGAGCCCCAUGCUAUCUUACUUUCUUUUGAUUUUACUAAAGAGAGAUUUGGACCACCUCUACCUCUGCCGGUUGAGCACUAUAUUGAAGAUACCGGAACACUCUCUUCUCUUAGAGACGAGAAACUGGCAGCCUUAUAUCAGUCCUCAAGUAUGUGUAACGUGGAGGUUUGGGUGACAACUAAGAUUGAGCCCAAUGCAGUGUCAUGGGUUCCCUUUUUAAAAAUUGACUUGGAACCAUUAACAGGUUUUGAAUUCCAGUUUCACCAUUAUGGUGCCAGUUUCUUCAUUGACGAGGAGAAGAAAGUCGCUGUAGUUUUUCAAAUUGACGAAUCUGAAAUGACCUGCUAUGACACAGCUUACCUCAUUGGGGAGAAUGGAUACUUUGAAAAAGUAGGUCUGGGAGAAGCUGACAAUCACUUAGACUCCAUCCCCAUGGAAGACUAUUGCCCACUCGUGUGCUCUUGCUCCUAUGUUCCAAGUUUAGUGCAUAUCAACAACGAAUUUGUCAAAGAGGAAGCAAACGAAGGAGAUCAUCACUAACUAUGAUGAUAAUGUUUUAUUUGUUUUUUUUUUUCCAUCUCUUCUCAUUUGUUUUUUUUUUUUGAAAUAUCUUUUAGACAAGACUAUUGGCUUUCCCAUGGAUCCUUUACACUCUAGUAUCUGCUUUCAUCUGUUUCCGUAUAUGCGAUUUUGGAUACUGGAACAACUAGAUCGCGAGAUGCAACAAAAGGGUUCAGGUCUGAAUCUUUGACUAAAUCGAAACUAGUCUUAUUACCUAAGAUAAAUGUUUGUACGCAACAGCUAAAUACGAGACACAUCAAUGUUUUGUUGUUCUCUUUGUAACAUGACCAUAAUGACUAUAGGAUUCAUCAAGAAAAGGCUAGAUAGACGUUAAAAGAUACAGAUCUACUUAUCUCUUCAGUCUUCUUGCAUGCAGCAUGUGUCCGUCUUUUUUUAAGAAUAUUAUUGUGUUCCUGUCAUAUCCGAAGUUUUUAACACACAAAAAGUUCCCUCAUGAAUGAAAACACUCUUCGACCUAAACUAAAUUAAGCAAAUAAAUAUUUUGAAAAGAGAUUCAUGAUGACUGCUUCAGCCACUACUGCAACGAAAGCGCCUUUAGAUUUUGAGCAAAUUCGUGAGAGUUUAGCUUCUCCUUCAUCACUCUGAAUUUCUUUUAUAUCUUCUUGAUCUGUCCAAAUUACAUGAAAACAUAAUCAAAUCAACGUAACUUGUUAAUUCUCCUGCAGAGUUUUAAGUAAUGGCAAAAGUUAACGGUUAUCAUAGAUGAGAAUCUGUGAAAGCCUCCUUGGUCAACCACUGGACCAAGGAGGCUUUCACAGAUUCUCAACUAUGAUCACCCUUUACAAAACUCCCUGGAGGAUGAAUCUCUAUUAAUAUAAAGCAAAGAAUUCUCUCCUUAGAGGCUGCCACAUCACUAAUUCCUCUUUUCUAAGCACGACACGUCUCUAAUUCACUAAUUUUAUUUUAUUUGCUUAUCGUUUGGUUUUUAUUUUGGACUUUAACAUGGGUUUUAGCUUUUCCUUAAGUGGGCUGAUGAAAUUGUUAUUCGAAGCCCGAUAGUAACAGUUGUCGUCUUAAAAAAUUGCAAGCUUCUGUUUCUAGGGUUCUUGGUAUUUCAACUUCUGAUUUCUUAGACCGACCAUGGAUUUUUGGGAAGGUGAUAGGAGACAAAUAUUUACAACUAAUCUCUGGUGAAAUUCGCCGUUGGUGCCGAUUCUGUUGGAGUUCUUCUCACCAACAAAGGGAAACUGAAACCAUUACGGACUGUAUUCAAUCGUCGUCUUUAACGUCCUUCUUUACUCCUUCUCUCCACUCCUUCCACGAUUUAUCAUUCAAUGCACCUCUUCUUCUUCCAUUCCGUGAAUUUGCAGCUGUAAAUAGAAUAGAAUACGCCUCUCUCCUCCUUAAAAAAUCCAAAGCCGGUUGUUGUACACGGACGAGGUUUUGGGAGAUCGAGAAUGUAAAAAGGGGCGGCUAGGUUAUGGGUUUUCAUGGCGGAGAGUUUCAGCUUUCAUCAAUCAUCAUCAUCCUAGAUUCUUAUUAGUGGCAAUCAAAUCCGAUAAUAAGUCAUGGAUCUGAAAAUUAAUGAUGCGCUGGCGAUUGAAAAUUUAUCUUGAUACCAACAUAAUUUCACAAGUCGAAGGCUUGGUGAUGUUUACGACCGCAGAAUAAUUGGACUAAGUCUCCUUUUACUGGUUUCGCAUAGGGUGAGGCGUGGGAUAUAAUUUGAACUUCUUAUUGACACGCAAAAGUAAAACAAACAGAGUCGAUAGGCAGAGGAAAGAAAGAAUAACAGAAUUGAGGAUUUUUCAAAGAUCCUCUUCUUCCUCUCUCAUUUUUCUCCUGCUUUGUUCACAAAUUUAAAAUUUAUUGGCUUUUCUUUUUAGUGGGGUUGAGGUAUAUUCGCGGCUCUGCUAAGAAAUGAUCAGAGCUGAUAUUGUAUUGAAGAUUUUUUUGACCUUCAUGUUUCAAAUCUCAAAUGCUGUACAUCUUAUAAGGGUUUGAUGUCAUCU